UCUUCUGGUACCAGUAUCACAGUGGAUAUUGCUGUCAUGGGUGAAGCCCAUGGGCUCAUUACAGACCUUCUGGCAGAUCCUUCGCUGCCCCCCAACGUGUGUACUUCGCUGAGAACAGUGAGCAACCUGCUUAAUACGCAGUUAACCUUCCAGGCCAUCCACAAGCCAAGGGUGAACCCUUUGGUGUCCUUCAGUGAGAACUACGCCUGCUCCGACUCAGAGGAAUGCCCGGAAAAAGGAGAGAAACUAGCUAUUCCCAAGCGCUUGCGGAGAAGUUUGCCUCCAGGACUGCUCAGACGAGUGUCCUCAACUUGGACCACAACAACAUCAGCCACAGGAUUACCUACACUGGAGCCAGCUCCAGUGAGAAGGGAUCGCAGUGCCAGCAUCAAACCUCAUGAAUCAUCUUCAUCCAG